UUGACUGGUCAGCUCGUCACACACUUUUUUGGAUGCUCAUUUAGCUUCACAGUAAAGACAGCAUUAACGGUCGCUGCUAAACUGAUAUUUUUAUUGUUUGUCCGCGCGUCUGUGUGUGGGACCGCACGCCUCCCCCCCCUCUCUCUCUCUCUCUCUCUCUCUCUCUCUCUCUCCCUUCAUCACACACUCACUGCACAUCACCCGCUACAACCAACCACCACACGCGCUCACACACACCGCCAUCCUGCGUGUGCCACACAGCUGUUAGCUAGCUAGCUAACAUUGCUUCUUUCAAACGGGCGGCGUUGUGUUUUACAGUUUAGUUUGUUUCCCGUACUGUUAUGUGUAGACGUGACUGUCGUUGAGGUAACGGAUUAUCUGCAUCCCUCCUCGGCUGACCGGGAACCGCCAUGGAGUGCCGUGUUCUGUCCAUACAGAGCCAUGUAGUCCGGGGAUAUGUGGGCAACAAGAGCGCCUCUUUCCCAUUACAGGUUUUAGGAUUUGAGGUGGACUCCAUCAACUCUGUCCAGUUCUCCAACCAUACAGGUUAUUCUCAUUGGAAAGGCCAGGUGUUGACAGCAGACGAGCUCCACGUUCUUUACGAGGGAAUCAAACUGAACAACGUACAUCAGUAUGACUAUGUUUUAACAGGGUAUACCAGAGACACAUCCUUCCUGGAGAUGGUAGUGGACAUUGUUCAGGAGCUAAAGAGGGCCAACCCCAACCUGGUGUAUGUAUGUGACCCCGUCCUUGGUGAUCAUGGAUCUAUGUACGUUCCUCAGAAUCUUUACCCAGUCUAUAAGAACAAGGUGGUUCCUGUUGCUGACAUUAUUACACCCAACCAGUUUGAGGCUGAAUUAUUGACAGGGAAAAACAUCAGCACAGAGAAAGAUGCCGUAGAGGUUAUGGACCUUCUCCAUGCUAUGGGCCCAGAUACAGUGGUCAUCACCUCCUCUGAUUUGCCCCCCAGACUGGGAGACCGCUUCCUCGUGUCGUUGGGCAGCCAGCGCCAUGUUCGUCCCGAUGGCAGCAGGACGACGCAGAGAGUUCGAAUAGAAGUUCCCAAAGUGGAUGCUGUCUUUGUAGGAACUGGGGAUUUGUUUGCUGCUAUGCUGCUAGCGUGGACACACCACUAUCCUAAUGACCUAAAGACGGCCUGUGAGAAGACGUUUUCAGUGAUGCACCAUGUCAUCCAGAGGACCAUUUCGUAUGCUCACGAGUUAGCAGGUCCUGGUCGGAGGCCCAGUCCGCCCCAGCUGGAGCUGAGGAUGGUUCAAAGUAAAGCUGACAUAGAAGACCCUGCUAUAGUUACGGAGGCCACAGUCAUAUCCUAACAUUACCGACCCAUAAGACUCAUACUAACCUUGUCCUCCUCACCCAUGAAUCUCUCAAAUCCAGUAUCUCGCUAAAUCUCUCAUCACUGUAAACCUUGACUGUCAUUUCCAAACUUCAACACCUCAUUAUCCAGACUCCUUAAAACCCUUAGUAUUGUAACCCCUGUAGUCCUUUGACCCUGAACUCUUUACCCCUUUAAGUCCCCAGUGUCCUAAACCCUUAACCUGUAACUCCCACACCCUUUUACCCAAACCCUGUUUUGGAACUAGAGCCAUAGAUAGACAGAAAGUUUGGUCAGGUUGGACUGUGGCAGCCUGUGGCUGUUUCUUCUCUAACGGGGUAUGUGAGUGGACUGCACGGCUGCUUUUUAGAAAGCUGUAGGAUUAAAGUGUUUAUAAGCACAACUCAUAACAUGCCAUAUAAAGGACAUACUCGUAAUACUAACAGCCAAAAUAUGAGGGUAAUAAGGUUUAUUGGAAAACCAUGCAAAACCCAAUCAAGGUUCAGUCUACAGCGCGAUAGAGUUUUGCUGUUAAAGUCAGAUUUGGAUAAAGGUGAUGUCAUAUUUUUUAUAGCAAAGGUAGGUUUUUUUGUCAUUCGAGUAAUACUAAUUAGUCAAGCUCUUGUCAGUUCUUUGUGGUGUUCUCUAACUCUUUAGUGGGGAGUGUUGAAAAGCAGUUUUUUGCUUCCCUCUGGUUGGAAGUUUCUCUGGUUUUAAGUCUGCUUUACUUCUGUGUGGUGUGGUCAGAAGUGCUCUGUUGCACUGUUGUAACCACGCCCAGCAGUGAUGUCACUGCGUACUGACGCACCCUUGAGUACACUACACAUCAGAGAAAUUAAAACACUUAUGUCUGAUUCAGAUUACACAAUAUCAAUUCAGUUAUAGCGUGAUCUGGCUGUUGUAGGAUGUCUGCUCGGAUCGGCAACAACAAUGAGCGUCAGCUGAAUUGAUCCCAGCUGCUGAACGUUCUCCAAAACACUACCUCUAAAUUAUUAAAUACAACCUUGCCUACUUUAUUGCUCUAUUACUGCCACACCACUUAACUUUUAUUUUGACAGAGUUGCACUCUAGCUGUGGUCCUCCACACCAGUUGCCAAGUAGCAGGAUUGCAGCACUAACAUUGGUGUUACUGUAAGACUAUAAUGAUCAAACUCUAUUUAUCUAUGGCUCUGCCCACCACUAGUUUGACCCCUACCCCGUCUUACAGCAGUGAUGUAAUGGUGACCAAGUCUAACCCCAUGAGACCCCUUGAAAAUAUAACAAAGAAAAAAAAAACGCACAAUGUAUAGUUGAUGUAUAGAUGUUGUACUAUAACUGUAUUGGACCAUCUGUAUGAUAUCUUCUAUCUGAUCUGUCUAUUGGACCAUUGUGUUGAUGCUACUGUACUAUAGACCACACGCACUACAAUAUCACCCAAACCAGAGACAUUUGGGCUGGUUCUGGCACUCCUGGGGGCUCCAGCGGCUCCAGUCAUUGUCACUUGUUAGUAAUAGGUAACUGUCUAAUAGUCAUAGUAUAUAGUUGAACCUCCUUCAUCUCAACAUAAAGAAAAAUUGACAACUGGAGCUGUCUGAGCCGUCCCUGGCCGGUUUUACUUGUGCUAGACCAAUCAAAAAAUUUGGCUACCUCAGUGCCAGAACCAACCCACAUCAUUGCCGGGCGGUUCCCGGCCCAGCUCUGGCCCAGAACCCUAUAUCUGAGAGUUGUGCCACUGAAUUUACUGGAGGCCUCGAUAAGUUGUAAAAGGAGACCCUCCUCAUUGAAGCAGGAGACUCCGCCCUCCUCCACGUCCAAUAGCAGCUCUGUUAGUUUUAGAAAACAUCUUUUUGGUUCACUUCACUCUCCACUGUGAUUCAGCAGAAGAUUUUAAUAUGAUGCCAAGAGUUUAAUGUUUAUAUUUUAAAUAUAAGAUUGGAGAUGUGCAGCAGUCUGGGUAAACUAAUGUUUGAGAUGACUGUUGCCCUGUUAGCAAAGCUAUAACUAACAAUUGUUUUUAUUAUUGCCUUAUCUGAGGAGAGAAUUCCUGUACACUCACUGUCCUAUUACUUGCAAUUACCUUUAUUUAAAUAUGCAACACUUAAGCGCUCAGACUUUCAUCAUGUAAAAUGAAGAAACAAAGUACAUUCCCAAACACAUAUGCUCUGUGUUCCUUUACUUUACCUGAUACAGAAGCAUUGUGUUUUUAAAUAGAGUUUAUUGCAAGUAAUAGGACAGUGUGUGGGAAUUCUCUUCUCUUACCUAUGGACAUUUUACUCUUACACAUCUGUCUACAAGUUAUUGAAGGUGUGAAUGAGCAUCCAUGUUCUACUUUUUGUCUAUAAAAUUACAUAAAUUUGUCACUAUUUAGCAGAGGGCAAGGUGAUUUCUCCAGCCAAUUAUCCAACACCAAAAAUCUUUUGGUUUUGGGCAAAAGCAAAUAUCAUUUGGCAAAAGAUACUCAGUUUACAUUGCUGUAAAACAGCAAAUCUUAACAUUUGAGAAGCUGAAACCAACACAUAUUUGACAUUUUUGCAUGACAGUGUUUCAAUCGAUUAUCAAAAGUGUUUACGAGUGAAGCUGUUGCAUGUUUGACAUGACUGUUACCACACUGUUAAAGCACUGGAUAUAUGAGCUCUAACUUAUUAAGUUUGCGAUCUAGCCUGUCCUACCCCAGAAAAUCUUUUUACUAUAACUAAAAUUUUGAUUUCAGAAAAUCACAUUUUACACACAACACACUCUGUUUGCUGGCUCACUCGGUAGCUAACUUUGCUACCUUGAAGCAAUAAUUUUGACUCCUCCAAGCUUGUUGGCAGAUUUGAUUUUAUAGUCAGUCUAAAGUCAUGUGAGGAAAUGAAGCUACUUGUAGUUCAAUUAAUGCUAAAUUCUAAAUGGCUACCAUGGCAUUGCAUUUUUUAUCAAGCAUCAAAAUGUUCUGUUGUCCACAGUGGAGUGAAUAGAUAGUAAUGAGGUGAGAAGAACAUGACAUGCGACAGUGGUCAUGAGCUGGUUUCAAACCAGUGAUGUCGCAAGAACUCGGCACGUGCCUUAGCCCGAUGAGCUACCAGGGCGCCACAGGAGAUGAGAUUUUAAUGAGAUUUUAACUUUUUUUAAGCUUUUUUCCCCCUCUUUGUUUCCUGCUUUGAAUGUUCAGUAAUAUUUAAAAAACAGGAAACAGCUAAAAUUUUAACUUUUCUUGGCAAAAACAUACAACAUACACUUUUGGAAAGUAUAAAUCAAAUAACCAGAGGCUGAAAAAAUAAAUAAAUAAAUCCAGAUGUCAUCAGUGUCCCACCUGAGCUGGAUGUAAGGUUCUGGGCAGGCCAGUGUAAUUCUGUACUGCUGUUGUUUCUCUAUGGACUGUACUGUGAUACUGCCUUAGGAACCUAACAUCAUAACACCACAAUACUGCUCACUGAGGGAGAGGUGGAGAGGGGGAGGAGGAAGGAAACAUGAGAUGUCUUAAAUGUAGGUACUUUUGACUGCAAAUUUCUGUUCUACAGUGCACCUGAAAUCAGGAAGAAUUGAGAUUGCAUAUGCUAAAGUUUUCUGUUUAAAGCUAUAUAUAAAAACAUUUUUAAGGCUGCAAGUAAUAUUUUCAAUUAACUAACGAAUCAUUUGGUUUAUAAAAUGACUGAAAAGUUACUUCAAAUUGCCUUUUUUUUUUCAACUAACAAUUCAAAAUCAAAAGAUAUUGAAUUUGCAAUAAUAUAAAACAGAGAAAGAAUAUUACUGUUUAAAUUAUUCAAUCAGUAAUAUUAAUUUUAUGUGGAACAGCUUAUUCUUCAUUUGAGCACCCAAAUUUUCCGCAUCUUGACUUUAUAGACUCAAAGGUGAUCUGAAAACACUUCUCGAACUAAUUGUUUUUGGGGGGGGUGCAGUCUCAUUUUUAAAAAAUUGCAAUAGUUCAUAUUGAUUUUUGUACUCGUGCAGUUAUAUUGUGCCACUGUAGCGCUGAUUGUCAUAUCAAUAACAGACUGCUGCGUCUGUGCGCUUGGCCAACCAGCUUUAAGCUCUGCUAUAAUCCACAUGUGCACUAUCCAAUCCUCUGCUUCCUGCAAACAAACCAGUCAGCUGUACUACUGGGUCAAAAUGUGUCUACCUGUUGUGUCUGUGUGUGUUGUGUGUGAGAGAGUGUCUGCACAUGUGUGUGUAUAUAAAUGUCUUUUAUGGUCACAGGGUUUUGUGUGUAUGUGUGUGAACUACAAGAGGAAAAUCCCUGAAAAGUAAAGAUAGGGGAUGAGGGAGGAGGAGGGUUAAAAAAAAAAAAAAAUAGGAACAGUGUACAUGAGGAGGGGAGGUGAGGUAUAUUCAAGAGGACAAUCAUUCUGUGAUGUUACGCAGUGUUGCACAACUCCCUUUUCUCCUAUCUGCAAAAAAACAGGUUUUUGUUCGGGACCUGUUUAAAGGGGGAUUGAAUCUUUAACUUUUCCUUGAUGCCUCACGUCCCCUCUUUCUCUUCCUCCACCUCCACCCAUUCACAUGCACAUACAUCAGUCCUCCGCCCCACCCGCCUCCAUACAGUGCCAGUUGUCGUGUCUGUAUCGCUAGUUUUUAAACCUUAAUGUUUGUGUGUUAGAUGGUUAUACUGUACCCCGACUUCCCCCUAUCUCUCUGCUAGAUUGUCCCCACUGUCCCAGCUUUCAAUGCUGGUCUCAACCCGCCUCUAUCUCCACCUGCUUGCCGUGUCCUGUGUGAUACAACUGAACUUCCCUGCACUCUUGUUAAAGAAAAUAAGUUGCUGUUACCUACCCUGCUUUCAGUAACUCUUCCUCCAUUCUAACUGCUGCUGUUUAACUACGCUGCAUCCAAAUUCCUCCGCUAAACAUUUGGAUUGAGUUGCACCAGCUCUUCGUACAUCUUUCACUAACUUUAGUGCUUAAAGUCCCUCCAAAGUUCUUAGUAACUACUGGAAAGCUUCGAACUUGUGUUUUACUAAAUCAAGUUGAACCAUUAGAGCUUCAGAAAUGUCUCAAUUCAAACCUUACUAAUGUGUAAAUUGGGUGCUGAGAAAUAUCCCAAUCAAAAGCAAUCAACUAUGAAAACAGGGAAUCACUGUGCAGCGCAAGCUGUGACAAAAAUGACAUUUGCAAGAGGCCAAAUUACAUAUUAAACUUAAACGAUCCUUUGUAAAUAAGAGAAGAAGUUUGCUUAUUCAUGUAUGAAUACAUGGAGAACUUUUUUGUCCAAUUAAAUCACACCUACAAGUCCUGACAAAGCAGAUUCAAGUUGUUUUUUUUUUAUGUUAAACACAUAAAUUAUACUUUUUUUCUAAUGUUAUUGGCGUAACAUUUUGUGGCAUGAGGAAUAUUGUGUUUCUGGUGAAAUUAAAUUUAAUGUUUCAUCAGUUAACAUAAGAAAUGAACAUCAUUUUGAAGUGUCAGGUCACUCAAUCUUGUAUGUCACUCCAAAUUGGCAGGCUAAUGUUAGUGCUGUCAUUUAGCUAGUUCAGUUAGCUAACAGUACACAGUGUGACAGCUACGCCUGGCAGUUACCUGUUACAAAAAAGUUACAUUCCUGUUACAAAUCUUUAAACAUGCCACUUAAUCUAAUAACUAAAUUCCUUCCUAAAAUCUACUUCGGCACAGAACUACAUGCUUCUUACCUGCGAUGCUUGAAUAAGGAAAUCAUAAUUUGUCUUAAAAUCCGCCUAAAGUUGGUUAAAAAUUAUCCUGAAAAGGUUGUAAAAAGCAUAAGAUUGAAGUGUCUGAUACCUGUUGACACCUUGUAGUGAAGCCUUUAUGAUAUGUUUGAACAGCUGGUGCAACCGGCUGCUGGUUACUAAUGAACUAGAGAACAUGGUUGCCUUUGGGCCCGAUAACACAGGUUGGCACACUGCACUCUCUCUUAAUGCUACUCAUAAUAUUGAUUGCUUGAAGUUUGUUUCAGUAACUGUUAAUGUGAAGUGAUGAAACAUUUACUUGACCACCGCAAUAGUCAGAAUACAGCCUUUUGUUACCUGGAACUUAUAUGUUCUUCAGCCCAGCAUGUUAAAAAAAAGGAGCUUAAAGCUGGGAUGUUGAUGCUCCAUUGGAUUGGCAGUACAAGCAACCUUUUCAUGUUACCUUGAUUACGUUUUAAGACUUGUGUGAUUUGACGAAAAUGGGUGAUUUCUUCUACAAAAAAACCUUCCCAAACCACAAAGGAAACUGAAAACAGCAGUCAAAUUUUAUAAAAUGUCUCACUUUUUUAAGGUUACCUGGAGAUUGGAUGGUCAAACAACAAUCAAGCAGGACUUCAAAUGUUUCACUCACACUGGAGACUUGACAACAGUGAGAGCUGUCCUGUGUGAUCGGGCCCUUUACUUCUGUUUGUCUGUAAUUUAGAUGGAUACAAGUGACCCCACCCUCCCAUGUGCUUAAUGCUCACUACGCUUCCCCCCCACUCAUAUCUCCCCACCUCUGUGCACCUGUUGUGAUAGACCCCUCCCUCCUCUCAUCCCCGUCUGUCUGGUUACAAAAUGUCUGCCACUAAAAAACAGCAACGGCCCAACUGUCGGUCUUCGACCGUGGUCCUCUCCUCUCCUCCUGACUGACAGUUUCGUCUCCGCCAUCUUGUUUUUUCUGUUCUUGGUGGCCAAAACAAAAACGAGGAAAUGUAAUAAUCAUUGUUUGGUAACUGUUUUUAGUGCUAUGUUUUUGGAGCGUUACGAGUAUUUUCUAACAUGUUACAAUAAAAGAUUGUAGUGUACAAAUUCACAUUUAUAAAAUAUAUAUAUAUAAAUAUAUAUAGAUAUAUAUGAGAAAUGUAUGUUCUAAUGCAAUAA